AUGGCUCCGCGCUCAUUACUUGAAUCAUUACGCCAGCAAAUUGCAUCAUGCGAAACUCAAUUACAAGAUCUGCGUCAACAACUUGCAGAAGCAGAACGUUCAGAGCGACAACGGCGAGCCCAUGAUCACCCGCAACACACCUCCAGCAUUGAUCCUCUCACACAUGAUAUGAGCUAUGGUAUCCACGAUGACUUCCGAUCUGAAGUUUUCGCCGUUUUGUCCCAUGUGGAUGAGCAACGACCGGCGGCAAGCCGGUGGCCACUCGAGCCUACAGAGUACAAACGAUACGGCCGUCAACUCAUCAUGCCUCAGAUAGGCAUUCAAGGCCAACUCCGUCUGAAGAAUGCCUCUAUCUUGAUUGUUGGCGUUGGAGGCUUAGGCUGUCCCGCAGCCGCAUAUCUAGUUGGCGCAGGUAUUGGUACGGUCGGAUUAAUAGAUGGAGACGUUGUUGAGGAGUCCAAUCUUCAUCGACAGAUUCUUCAUUCCACUGCACGGGUGGGGAUGACCAAAGUCGAUAGUGCAAGAGUAUAUCUGAGCUCACUGAAUCCCAAUGUAAACAUAAUAGCACAUGCAUCACGGCUAACCCCAGAGACCGCGCUGCAGACAGUACGCCCUUAUGAUCUUGUUCUAGACUGCACAGACACACCAGCAUCACGCUAUCUAAUCUCAGAUACAUGCGUGCUCCUGGGUAAACCACUUGUAUCAGCCUCAGCUCUCCGGACCGAUGGCCAACUAAUGGUUCUGAACAACCCACCACUACCCCCGGGAGAAGUCCAAGGCGGUCCAUGCUACCGAUGCGUAUUUCCCAAGCCUCCCCCACCGGAAUCCGUAGUCUCGUGCGGCGAUGGAGGCAUCCUUGGUCCAGUGGUGGGAACGAUGGGUGUACUGCAGGCUUUGGAAGCUAUCAAAGUCUUGACGCGUGAGACUGAUCAAUCUCCUGUCCGCUCGUCCACGCCAGAUCCUCCAAGUCUAUUGAUCUUCUCUGCUUACGCAAGCCCCAUGUUCCGCAGCAUCCGAUUAAGGAACCGAAAAGCGAAAUGUGCAGCUUGUUCUGCUCAGGCUAGCAUAAGUGCGGAGGCAAUCACUUCUGGCAGUCUGGACUAUGUACAAUUCUGCGGGGCGAUCAAUCCGGUAGAUGCACUCAAAGCGAAUGAACGUAUAUCUGUGGACAAUUACGCCAAAGUUCGGUUAGAGGUCAACCCUUUUACCGGUACGGAGCCUAGCAAAGACAGCCAUAUUUUGGUCGAUGUUCGCGAGAAAGUACAGUUCGACAUCUGUAAUCUUGAAGGCAGCGUCAACAUCCCAUUUUCUGUUGUGUCCAGUACCCAAGCUCCCAUAACCAGCUCCCAGAAUAAUGGUGAGCAGACCCCCGCUGUGCCCGAAUGGGUAUCGGCGUUGCGGAGCCACCCUGAAAAACCAAUCUUUAUUGUAUGUCGACUAGGCAAUGAUUCGCAGAUUUCUGUGAAAAAGAUGAAAGAGCUAGGCCUCGACAACGGAGGGCAGAGAUGGAUCGGUGACAUCAAGGGAGGGCUGCGAGCUUGGAGAGAAAACAUUGAUCCUGAAUUUCCAGAUUAUUGA